AGAGUACAGAUCAUUGGUAUCUGGCUGACAUUCGCCCGGCGACCUGCCAAAACAGGGAGGCAGGAGCGCGCACUACAACUACCAUAAGGCUCCGCUUCCUGGAGCCCGAGGCGCGGCGCGCAACGCACGCCGGGAGUCGGCCCAAGCCGCCAAGAUGUCGCAGCCCAAGAGAAGAAAGCUUGAGUCGGGGGGCGGCGGCGAAGGAGGGGAGGGAACUGAAGAGGAAGAUGGCGGAGAGUUGGAGGUGGCUGUGCCGCGACCCCGGAGGACUAGGCGGGAGCGGGACCAGCUGUACUACCAGUGCUACUCGGACGUAUCGGUCCACGAGGAGAUGAUUGCCGACCGCGUCCGCACCGAUGCCUACCGCCUGGGCAUCCUGCGGAACUGGGCAGCGCUGAGAGGCAAGACCGUGCUGGACGUGGGCGCGGGCACCGGCAUCCUCAGCAUCUUCUGUGCCCAGGCAGGGGCCCGGCGCGUGUACGCGGUGGAGGCCAGCGACAUCUGGCAACAGGCCCGGGAAGUGGUGCGGCUCAACGGGCUGGAGGACCGGGUGCACGUCCUGCCGGGACCGGUGGAGACGGUGGAGUUGCCGGAGCAGGUGGAUGCCAUCGUGAGCGAGUGGAUGGGCUGCGGACUUCUGCACGAGUCCAUGCUGAGCUCUGUGCUCCAUGCGCGGACCAAGUGGCUGAAGGAGGGCGGUCUUCUCCUGCCGGCUUCCGCCGAGCUCUUCGUGGCGCCCAUCAGCGACCAGAUGCUGGAGUUGCGCCUAAGCUUCUGGAGCCAGAUGAAGCAACUCUACGGCGUGGACAUGAGCUGCCUGGAGAGCUUCGCCACGCGCUGCCUCAUGGGCCACUCAGAAAUCGUGGUGCAAGGCCUCUCCGGCGAGGAUGUGCUGGCCCGGCCGCAGUGCUUUGCUCGGCUGGAGCUGGCCCGCGCCGGCCUGGAGCAGGAGCUGGAGGCCGGGGUGGGCGGUCGCUUCCGCUUCAGCUGCUAUGGCUCGGCUCCCUUGCACGGCUUUGCCAUCUGGUUCCAGGUGACCUUCCCCGGAGGGGACUCGGAGAAACCCGUGGUGCUCUCCACCUCGCCUUUUCACCCCGUCACGCACUGGAAGCAGGCGCUCCUCUACCUGAACGAGCCGGUGCAAGUGGAGCAAGACACGGAUGUUUCCGGAGAGAUCACGCUGCUGCCCUCCCAGGACCACCACCGUCACCUGCGCGUGCUGCUGCGCUACAAAGUGGGCGACCAGGAGGAAAAGACCAAAGACUUUGCCAUGGAGGACUGAGCGUGGUCUUCUCUCCCAGCUACCUCCCAAGGAAGCCAGGCGCUGAAAAGGCGGAGGGUUGGUCGGCGGAGUAAAGGAGGUUUCACGUGCAAGUAGGCAGUAUUAUCUUCCGUCUCCCUUUACCCCAGGGCUCCUGGGGAAGGAGAGUGACUUCAGUCUCGCUUCGUGGAGAUUCUUCUGGCGAUAUUUAUUAAAAAGUGUUUUCGAUCCCCUGCCACGACCGAAACAGCGUGUUUAUUAAGGGCCCGUUAAACCUCAAAAGCACGUGGUACCAAGCACUCCUUUUUCUAUUUCUUUUGUUUCUUGUAAAUUAAAGGGGGAAAAGGGUAUGAAAUUAUCAGUUUGUGAAGGUUCCAUUCACUUCCCUGACACCUCACACCCUAAGUCUAAAGCCAGGGAAAGGGUAAAAGGGUUUAUAGUUAGACUCCAUGUAUUUCCAAUAAGACGGGAUAUCACUCCAGAGCCAUAUUCUCUCAUUUUCUGAAUUCCCUCUCUUCCCAGGUGCCUCUAGACUACAGUAUUUUGUCCUCUUUUUUUUUUUUAAUAAGUUUUACUACUGAUAACGUGGGGGAGGUGAAUGAGGAUAAAGUUUAAAUAACACCUACUUCUUUAAGAUGCUAAAGUUGAUGACACCUUACUCCAUUAAGUGAAAUAAACUUCAUACGUACUAGUACAGCAUACCUAAGAAAUCUAGAAGGGUACGUGUUGGAGAAAAAGACCUGAAAUACAGUAAAGUAGUAUGGACUUUUUGUCUUUACUGUUAAGAUUUAACCAAGAAAAUUUCAUGUAAGUUCCAUAGUAAAAAUUUUGUGUGCUUUAAAACAAACUGAUAGAGGCGAUUUCUUCUGAACUUGGUCCAAGGGUUUAUUUAUCACCUUGGGUAAAUUAUUUAAGUAAGGAAAAUAUUUUCCCAGCUCGAGAAUUAAAAUCCCUCAUUCAGGGGGAUCAUGUGAUUUGGCCUACUAACAUCAAGUGAAAAUGUUUUUGUUAGUGUUUUGUUUGUUUUCUUUUUAUUUAGGUCAGCUAAAUGUGAAAGUUGUGAAUUUAGGAAAAUCAUUUGUAAUGUGAGUUAUGUUAUCAAAUUUAUUUUACCCAUGUUUCCCUCCUUAUCUCUGGCAAAUAAAGCACUGGCAUUCUCUAUUUUUAUAGAUGAA